CUGGAGUUGAAGUCUUUUUCAGUUAGUUAGGAAAUAUUCGGUGCUUGAAAUUGCCACCAUUUUUGGUACAAAUUCAAUCGGAAUCUAAAGAAAAAUAGUUUUACGCGAUAGCAAGUUGUGGCUUAAAGUUAUGACGGAGAAACUGGAUUAUUUUGACGAAGACAGACCAGAACAUUUACUGUCUAAAAUUGUAGAUAUCACAGGCUACAAGAACAGAUGGCACAUGUGGAUCUUCAUUGGGCUGUUCAUGGUGGGCAUGCAGGGAGGGGGAGGGAUGGAGUGGGGGGCAUUCGCCCUCAAACACAUCAGACACAGGUGCAGCAUACCAGGCCUAGACGAGCUCACUCUCCAACACAAUGUCACCAACGACACCAUCUACGCCACUUUCUAUAAUGAUUCCGAUAAGUACGGCUGCUGGAGCAGAUCUACGGACUACAACAACGGAUGCACAGCCUUGGACGCAGAUCCGAAGCUUCUAAUCGAGGAGGCAGCCAACAAGAGUGUGACUGUGAAUGAGCUGAUGAUGGGUAACCCUAAUGAUUCUGUGGUGCUGAGUGCAGCUACGUAUAGAAAGUGCGAGGAGAUGGAUGGGUUCGAGUGGCUCCCACAUACUGUCCAGAACUCAGUCUUUUCCCAGUUCGCAGUCGUGUGUGAUCGAAGUUACUUCCAGAAGUCGGCCAAGUCUCUCCACAUGUUCGCAGCGGCCAUAGGUGCAUUCUUCUUUGGAUCCAUGGCCGACAUAUGUGGACGAAGGAAGGCAUUGAUGUGGCAGCUGUUGAUGGAAAUAGGGUUCAACGUGGGCGCAUUUAUGAGCACCAAUAUAUUCAUGGCCUUCUAUUUCUCCAGCUUUGCGUCCAUGAUCAGCAUGUCCAAAUACGCAAUAGCUGUUGUGUAUGGAUCCGAGAUAGUUUCACCCAAGUUCCGAGCCCUGUUCGCUAUGUCGCCAGGUAUGGGCUUCGGACUGGGUAUGGCUAUGUACACUGGCAUUGGGUUCUUCAUCCGCACCUGGCGUCUUUUUACCAUCAGCUGCAUACUGCUCAACAUGCCGCUCAUGCUCUACAUAUUAAUCAUGAUGCCAGAGAGUCCACGCUGGCUUCUGGAGUGCGGCAAAUACACAGACUUCAAAAAAGUCAUGAGAGACCUGGACAGGAAGGCGAAAACCAAAAUUCCCAAAAAGAUUUGGAAACGGAUGGACAAACUGAUCCAAAGCGAAAGUGCGCCUCCUACUUGUUGCCAGAGGAUCAAGUACUUGUUUGUGAGGAACCCGAAUAUUUCGGCCAAUCACAGCAGCUGGGACACCAUCAAGAUGACCUGGAACAACCGAAUGAUGCGAAAGUGGCUUUGGUUUUUCUCCGUUGUUAGUUCGGGUGGCCUGUUUUUGUACUACACAAUGAACAGUGGUGAUCGGGUAUUCAACUUCAGUUUCUAUCGCUACCAGCUAAUGAUGGGUCUAUUUGAGAUCCCAGGAGUGCUGCUGGUCAUCUUUCUUAUGGACAUCAUUGGCAGAAGGGCCACUUCAAUCACUGGCAUGAUGUUCUGCGCACUCGCUCUUAUCCUCCUUCAGGGAUUCUCCGACAUUCCCAUACUGAUGUUGCUGUGUGCGUCUCUGACCAAGAUGUUCGUGACUGGCACUGUCGACAUGGUAUUUCUACACGUCGCCGAGACCCUUCCGACACUCUCACGCAGCACAGGUGUUGGUCUGUGUUCGUGUAUCGCACGACUGGUGACUCUCCCGUUCCCCUAUCUUGCUACACUCAAUGUGCAACUGCCAGGCGUCAGUGUCCUGGUCAUGGUCGCUCUGUCCAUAGUGAGUGCUGCGGCAUGUGUGAACUUACCUGAACCCCGAGGUCAGCAGAUGCCGGAGAGUGUGGAUGACUGUCAGUUGUUGAACAAGGGGCGCCUCAGACAACGCAUCUUCAUCGAAGAGUAAAUUAGAAAUAAUCAGUUUAUUGAGUAACAAAGUUUGAAGGUGAAGAUGCUAUCUGAGAUUUCAAAAAACAACAACUCUGAUGUAUGCUGAUAAUCAUUUAGCUCGAUGCAAAACACGAAAUAUCAAUGAAAAUUGCUAGGCAACAACUGAUAAUUUGGUUACGGGUUGCAAAUGAGUGGCAUUCAUCAGCCGACUUAUACUGCUUUACUGCUUUCAACUUCAUGAAAUUCAAAUUACUCUACUCAUGAACAAAAAUAUCA